AUGCCAUCCUCGGCCACGAUCAAAGCAAAGGAAAAGUACGAGGCGAUGCUUGCCGCGGCAAAGGGCGACGGGGUUUCUCACAUGCCCAACCGCGUCGUCGCAACGAGGCUCCCGUCGACUGGAGGCUGCGAGAUGACCAACUCCAUCACCCGCAGGUCAAGCCAGAGCAGUGAUGCCUCGCGCGCCGGCCGCUUUCGAACCAUGAUCAGAAACAUGCUUUCGCCUCCCGCCUACUAG